AUGGUUGAAACUAGGCUGGGUAAGAGAAAGGAUAGGCCUCCUCCAACGGCUCCUCCUCCGCAAAAGAGCGGGACCUCGAAGAACUCGAAGAAGAACAAACCGAAGAAGAUUGCGGAGGAGAAUGAAGUAGAAGAACCGGCUAAGGAUGUAGAAGAUCGGGAGAAAGAGAAAGAAGAAUCGGAGAAGGAGAAAGAAAGGGAAGAAGAAAAUGGAGACGAAGAUGAAGAGGAAGAAGAAAAUAGCGAUGAAUCUCAAGAAGAGAAAGACGAAAAUGGAGACAAAGAUGAAGAGGAAGAAGGAAAUAGCGAUGAAUCUCAAGAAGAGAAAGACGAAAAUGGAGACAAAGAUGAAGAGGAAGAAGGAAAUAGCGAUGAAGAAGUAGAGAACAAAGAUGAAGAAAAAAUCCAAGAGGAGGAAGACACCGGAGAAGAAGAGAACGGGACUCCCGAAGAGAACAGAGGUCAAAAUGAAAAUGAAAAUCAAGAACAAGGAGAACCCCCAUUGGAAGCGGAAUUAGGAAAUGUUGAUGGUGAUGGUGAAGGGGUUCUCGGGCAAGGAGAAGAGGAAUUAGAGGCAACCGAGGCAAUCAAACCGUUGAGGAUGUACUUCUAUGAGUCGGAGUACAAGAAACAAAUAAAGCUAGCGACCAAAUGUUUCGUCAAAGACGUUAUGGUUACAUUUGACAAUCUGGAACCGCCGAUGAGUGAUACUGAGAGGAAGUGGUUUGAGAAGCAUCCACAAUUCUGUCACGUGUUCCACCUGGAGAAGGACUCAAACCACAUGGUCCAAGGAAUGUGGAUGUUGCUAUUGCGGACAGUGGAUAGCUCGAAGAGGAAGGAAGUGUGGUUCAUUGUGAAUGGUGUUCCCAUCCGCUAUGGCCUGAGAGAACACGCUUUGAUCUCAGGUCUUAGCUGCCGCAACUAUCCACUUGGGUAUAAGGAGUUUGGUGAUAGAAAGUUCGUGAAGCGCCAUUUCAAGAAGGGAGAAUCAAUAAGGCUUGAGGAUGUCAAAGCGAAGCUGUUGGCUAUGGGAGAACACAGAGACCGGCUGAAGAUGAUGGUUUUGUUCUUUUUAGGAAGUGUUAUCUGUGCGCAAACGAAAGUAGGAAAAGGCGCCAGAGAUGUUUUGGAAUUCUUCCAAAGAGCUGUGGACGAUCUCGAGUUCUGCGAAAACUUUCCAUGGGGGAGGUACUCGUUUGAUUACAUGGUUAAGGAGAUAUCGCACACCAUAGAUCAUUUUGGAGGCCGGGUUAGAGAGAAGACUUUAUGGCCACUUCCAGGUUUCUGUCUGCCACUGGAGUUGCUUGCUUUUGAGGCAAUUCCCAAGUUGGGAUUGAAGUUCAGAAAAGAGGUUGAAGACGUCGAUGUAGACUGUCCUAGGAUGUGCAGAUCAGUCUUUAAAUCAGCAGGGAUGAAAGGGUUUUCACUUUCAAAAUUGAAUCGGGAACUGGACAAACUGGACAAAAUAACGUCACGGGAUAUCCACAGCAUCCUUCCUACCAAGACAGAAGAAGAAGUAGCUCUUUUGGAAGAGAUGACUGAAGAGGAGGACGACGUUGAUGUCGAUGAUAUUUCUGUUGACAGUUGGGUAAAGCGUCUUGCAGAAGGACAUUCAGUCUUUUUUGAAGAGAUGUAUGAUGUAGACGUUGCUGCGCGUGAUCCAAAUGCACAAGAGGCUGUCGACGAAGAUCAGGAUGACGAAGAAGGUGGAGAGGAAGGAGGCGCAAGCCAAAAGAAGAUGAUGGAGGAGUUGAUCAAACAAGUGAAAAUGUUUGGCACUCAGCUAAAGAGAGUUAAGAAGACAAUGGACAAGUUUGAGGAAAGGAUGGUGGUUCCGUUUGAGGCGUUUAUGAAGAAAGCUAUGGAUGAAGGGCAAGGAAGCAGGGAGUGAAGAACUCGGUUAUGUAUUUUGUAAACUCGGUUAUGUAUUUUGUGGGAAGUUGGACCCAUUAUUUUGUUGUUGUGUGGAUGUUGGAAACCUAUUGACUUAUUAGGUAUGUUGGAUGGAACUUGUUCUUGUUAUCAUGGAUGUUGCAAUCUUGUUAUCAUGGAAGUUCUUAUGAUUAUU